CAUCAACGGCUAUGUCGUCAUUGGCAACUCGCUCACAACAGCCUCUUCAUGCGCCCAUGUUCACGAGAGAGCCAGAGUCAUUUACGACCAGACCAGACCUUCAAACGACAUCCUCAUCCAAUGUUGUGCGGACCCCCUACACACUAUCAAGUGACACGCAGACAUACGGAUGAAGCUCUCGACCAUCCGUCACGCUCGUUUUCAGCGCCUAGCGCGAGCGCGAACACUUCAGCGUCUGCUUCCCGUGGGCUUUCAGUGCCGGAAACCCGUUUCGCGGCAUCAUUCACUCCCAACCACGUCCUCACCGUCCUCUAUUGGUUCGCUGUCCACAUUUACGGAGGAUAUGGGUAGUGUACUGAGCCCCCUCAUUAAUUCCGUACAAAGAUCUGCUACUGGUUCGUUAUCACGGAGUAGGACAGAACCUGUAAUUCCGCAGGCCCAUCUAUCAACCAUUCCAGAGUCUAUGUCGUCAUCUUCCCAUUCGAGCUCAGAUGACUUCUUUUAUCCUCUACUUGUACCUCCAGAUUCUGAUGAGGAAUCGCCAGAAUCAUCGCCUUCGCGUCAGCGUGUUCGCACGCGAGAGAUCGAACGUGAACGGGAGAGAGAUCGCGAGCGACGCAGGGACAGGAGCCAAUCGUACGAAAGAGCGAGUCGGCUGACGCCAUACAACAAUAACUCGCGGUCCUCGAAUCCUCUCCCGCCACCGCCAAUGGAGCGCCCUAACCCUGCUGCGUCUGCACCGCCUCAUCAGUCCCCAGAGCCUGCGCACUAUACGCGACGCGUACGGAAGGGGUUCUGGAACCGACGCGGGGACCACCUCACGUCGAAUAUGUGUGUCGUCUAUGUACCAGAGGACAGGGCGUAUCCUGCGGAAUUGCAGCAUUACCCCAGCGAGACGGAAGGAUAUAAAGAUCAGUAUGGUGCCUUUGUGCCGUAUCUGGCUGAGAGGCCAGAGUUACCUACGAGUUUGCCGUAUCAUGGACGGCCUCCAACACAGCCGUAUGACAGCUUUGUCAUCUACAGUUAUCAUUGAGGAUGAGAGGGAUAAUUUACUCAUAGUUGUUGCAACCGAUGCGUGGGAUACCAAAGCAUACAUACAACAGAUCUAUUACAUUGUAUAAUAAGUAGAUUCAUAAAUUCCAGACAAGGCAAAAC